AUGUCGAGGUCUAUUCAAGAUAAGAAGCUAGGUGCAGGACGUGUUGUGGCAGUGGCAAUUGAGAACAACAAAACAAGCCAAUAUGCAGCUAAAUGGGCUGUUGAUAAUCUUCUUCCUAAAGAUCAACAUCUUUUAUUAGUUCAUGUUAGACAAAGAGCUUCUUCAAUUCCUACAACAACUGGAAAUCAUGUUUCUGUGGAUGGCAAUGAUGAUGUUGCUAGAGCAUACAUGCAACAAAUGGACAAUGAAUCCAAGGAGCUUUUCGCUUCGUUUCGCGUCUUCUGCAAUAGAAAAAAUAUACUAUGCAAAGAAGUCUUGUUGGAAGACUUGGAUGUAUCUAAGGCCAUUAUAGAAGGUAUUGCAACAUAUUCCAUUGAGCUUCUAGUACUUGGUGCAGCAUCAAGGAGUGGUCUUGUAAGAAGAUUUAGGACAACUGAUGUUCCUAACCUUGUGUCUAAAGGAGCACCUCCAUUCUGCACUGUCUACAUUAUUUCCAAAGGAAAAAUUUCAUCUGUGAAAACUGCUACUACUCCAUUAGCAUCUAAAGCUAUACCGCGUAACAAUGGAUUGCAGCAACAACAAAUACUAAAAAAUCCUGAACGAAUGGAUGCACAACAACUAUUGCGAAACCAUCCACCGCGACCAUCAACAGAGAAGCCAGCAUACCUUGCACGCCAUCAAAUCGAAGAAGAUGAAAUCAAAUCACCAUUCACAAGAGGUGCAAGACCAAUUCAUAGAUCAUAUGAGUCCACAAUCCCUGACUCUGAUAUCUCAUUUGUGAGCAGUGGAAGGCCAAGUGUUGAUAGGAUGUUCCCUUCAUUGUAUGAAGAAAUGGACUCACAAACCGGAAUGACCCCUCGGCUUUCGAUAGGCUCGGAUUUCGAUCUCAGAAGCUUCGGUUCGUCUUUCUCAGGUGCCAAGUCAAUUGAUCAAAAUGACUAUUCAUUCAGCUCACAAGACAGUGGGAUGUCCAUGUCAUCACAACCAAGGAUAUCAAACUCGGAUGAAGUGGAAGCUGAAAUGAGGAGAUUGAGGUUAGAAUUGAAGCAAACAAUGGAAAUGUACAGUACAGCUUGCAAGGAAGCAUUGACAGCUAAACAAAAGGCACUCGAACUUCAGCGUUGGAAAUUGGAUGAACAAAGAAAAAUAGAAGAUGCGCGAUUGUCUGAAGAAACAGCGUUGGCAAUAGCUGAGAAAGAGAGAGCAAAAUGUAAAGUUGCUCUGGAGGCAGCAGAAGCAUCUAGAAAAAUUGCAGAGUUGGAAGCACAGAAAAGAGUGAGUGCAGAAAUGAAAUCUCACACAGAAUCUGAGUAUAAGAAGAGGUCAGGAGGAGAUGGUAUGUUACAUGGUCCUGCAAGGUACAGAAGAUACACUAUUGAGGAAAUAGAAGAAGCAACAAAGUACUUUUCUAAUUCACUGAAGAUUGGAGAAGGAGGUUAUGGACCUGUCUACAGAGCUGAACUAGAUCACACUGCAGUUGCAAUAAAAGUGUUAAAACCAGAUGCAGCUCAAGGACGCUCGCAGUUUCAACAAGAGGUUGAAGUGCUGAGUAGCAUAAGGCAUCCAAACAUGGUUCUCCUCUUAGGAGCAUGUCCAGAGUAUGGUUGCCUAGUGUAUGAGCACAUGGCUAGUGGAAGCUUAGAUGAUUGCCUCUUCAGGAGAAACAACAGUAAACUACCAGUUCUUCCGUGGCAGCUAAGAUUCCGAAUUGCAGCGGAGAUUGCCACCGGACUCCUUUUCCUUCACCAGACAAAACCAGAACCGUUGGUGCACCGUGACUUAAAACCUGGAAACAUUUUGCUCGACAGGAACUUCGUCAGCAAGAUCAGUGAUGUUGGGUUGGCAAGGCUAGUCCCUCCUUCGGUUGCAGACACUGUCACACAGUAUCGUAUGACAGCAACUGCUGGAACUUUCUGUUACAUUGAUCCUGAAUACCAGCAAACGGGCAUGCUCGGAACAAAGUCUGAUGUUUACUCACUUGGGAUCAUGCUUCUACAGAUGAUAACAGCAAAGCCACCAAUGGGAUUGAGUCAUCAUGUUGCAAGAUCUAUUGAGAGAGGAACUUUUGCUGAUAUGCUUGAUCCUGCUGUUGAGGACUGGCCAAUGGAACAAGCUAUGCAUUUUGCCAAGCUUGCUCUUCAGUGUGCUGAAAUGAGAAGAAAAGAUAGACCUGAUCUGGGCAAAGUUAUUUUGCCUGAACUCAACAAACUCAGAGAUUUUGCUGAUGAAAAUAUGCCUAUGAUGAUGAUGAUGUAUGGUGGUGCUGCAGGAUUCACACCAAGAAGUAACAACAAUUAUUCGCGCUCUACGUUUUUGCAAUCAAUUCAAGACACAAUGAGUGAAUCACCGUCAAUGUCUGGAAUGUCAGGAUAUGAAAGCCGUUCAAGCUCAUAAUCAGUGGGAAAAAUGUAAAUUCUUCUAUUUUUUCCUGUCAACACUGUGAUGCAUAAAAUGUGUUUCAAGAUGCAGCAGCACCAAAGCUGCAUAAUGACGUAACAUUGCAACAGGCAUCCACAUCAAAGUCAAGUUUUAGGUUAAUUUGCAAUUGACAUUACUACAGGCACGAAUGUAAUUGUAACUAUAACUGUAACUGUUCAAUUGUAUUUAUCAAUUUUUGUCAUUCACGACUGGGUA